CGUACUCGAAAUCCGGGAUUUAUCACUCCAAGUUCAGUAAAUCCGAAUUUAACAAGCCACCUAGCGAGUUCUCUACUUCAUACGUUGCCAACACUGCUAUUAACCUCUUCUUCAACUGAUCCUUCGUUCAAGAUGACGAAGGGUACUUCAAGUUUUGGUAAGCGGCGCAAUAAGACCCACACACUUUGUAGAAGGUGUGGGCGAAGUUCAUACCAUAUCCAAAAGUCACAGUGUGCUCAAUGUGGGUAUCCAAAAAAGAAGAUGCGUUCGUAUAAUUGGUCGAUCAAAGCCAAGAGGAGGAAGACCACUGGCACCGGCAGAAUGCGCCACUUAAAAAUUGUUCGCCGUAAAUUCAAGAAUGGAUUUAGGGAAGGUUUACCGAAGCCGAAGGCAGCUGCUGCUGUUAAAUAACCUGUCGAAACUCUACACUGUCUCGUUAACGUACAUUCUUAUAUCUUCUAAUAAAGAUCAUGGAAGCGAAGA